GUUUAUUCAGUAGAUAUAUGUUCGUAAUUGAAGUAACAUCAAUUUUUCUGAAUUUCGUUUGUUUAUAAGUUCCAAUACAUUUUUUGAAAAUAUAUUCACGGAAUGGAAAAGAAAGUAAUAGCUCCACCUCUGGGUGUUCGACAUGUACAAGUGAUAUUGAUGAUGGUGAUGCUUGCCAUAGCAGUUGGAAUGAGAGUUCAACUAUCAGUAGCAAUAGUGGCAAUGACUACUACUAACACAAGCUCGAAUCCUGAUAUACCGGCUUAUGACUGGAAAAACCAAGAUGUGAUAUUGUCAUCAUUCUACUGGGGAUACAUUUGGCUUCAAAUCAUAGGCGCUGAGCUGGGUCGUAGAUUUGGCCCCAAAAAUUUUCUGCUAGGUGCCAUGUUCGUCAACAGCACUGCAAUGAAUCUGAUUCCCAUAAUGGCCGAAAAAUUGGGAUCUUAUGGGGUCAUGGGGUGCAGGGUCUUCAUGGGUCUUUCUCAAGGAUUCUUUUACGCAAAUAUUAAUAUUAUUUUGAGUAAAUGGACACCAAUAUCAGAAAUGGCGAGAAUGGGGACUCUGGCUUUGUCUG